AUGAGAUUGAAUAUCCUAACGACCAGUAUGGCUUUGGCCUCACAAGCCAUGGCUGCACUCUCUGAGUCGCCGGUGGAAAGGCGCUAUCCAACAGGAUCCUUCUCCAUUCUUGCCUACGGCGUCGCCCUUGAGGGAGUCAGCGUUUUUUACUCCGAUGGACUCGCAUAUGUCGGAAAUUCGUCCCAGUGGGUGUCUGGAUCGACGACAACCGACGUUACGUUCAUUUUCAAAAACUCCCAAAUCAUCGCCACGGCUACUAACAAGGAUUACACAUUUGACACCGACACGUUCUUCUACAUCCGUCCCACGCCCAAUAAGGUGCUACCUGUGGGGUUUACUGGGAACGAUGUCGAUACACCGGAUGAUGCGAAGGCAGAUCAAUUUAUUUUCUACGGCAGAUAUCUCAUGUGGCAAAAUGAGAAUGGACUCCUGUGCGAUUCGUUUCGUCUGAAGGACACGGAUGUCGAUGGUAUUUACCAGCUCUACUGGGACACUUCGAACAUUUAUCCCCCCGGCUUCUUGAUUCCAACUGUGAAGUCGUCUAAUUGA